ACAAAUAUUUAAGAAACAAUGGCGAGUGUAGUGGAAUCGUUGGACGAAGAAAUGGUUUUGACAUUGUCGGAAAAGCUUAAAGCAUGGGAUGCGAACUUUCGCGAUAUGAGUGCAAAACUCGCCGAAUUACAAAGCGGCUUAUUCGAACUUAAAACAAAACAAGAACCUAAAACACCCGUAUCGCCGCCGACAACGCAACAAGAGACGGUCCAGCCGAGUGGACAUACCCAGCCAAUUAAGCUAAAAGAUGCGAUCGAAUCGGUGCCAGUGUUUGACGGAUAUCGACCAUCGGUAUUCCACUUUUUAAGAGCUUGUGAGCGCGCGCGAAAUAUGAUUUCCAGAUAUCAAGAACCUCAAUUGGUAAAAUUGUUAGUAAAUAAGCUCCGUGGACACGCGCUCCUCGCCAUCGAAGACACAGAAUUAAUGAGUCUAAACGAUUUCGGAAACAAAUUAAAGGAUCUAUUCGGCCCAAAGAAAUCUCUUAACGAAUAUAAAGGGGAAUUAGGAACGAUAUUUCAACGACCCGGGGAAGACAUAUUAGAUUAUAUGGAUCGCGUUAGAAAUCUUAGAUUGGCAAUAAUGGACGGAGAAAGAGGCGACUACGGCAUCAUAUCCCCCGAUAUCCAAGAUACUAUAGAUUGGGAAACGAAAGAAGCUUUCGUUAAAGGACUUCCGAACGAGGUAUAUGUGCGAGUAAAAAUAGCAGGGUACCAUACUUUAGAAGAUGCGUAUCGUCAAGCCGUCAAAGCAACACACGAAUUGAAACAAAUAACCGAUAGAACGCGACCCCAACGACCGACACCCUCGAACUAUUACAGACGCGACAACGCACAUCCUUCGAACACUAACAACAAUAUCAGGAACAACCGCCAAGAUCGAAGAUCGCUACCUCCAUCGCAGAAUUUUUUGAAUUCUACAAGACAAAAUAUCACGUGUAACUAUUGCAAAAAACCCGGGCAUCUAGUGAAAGACUGUUACAAAUUUAAAGCCCGAGUAGAUGCCGGAUUAAUCGUACCCUAUGCUUCGAGACCAUCGGGAAACCAAACACGUCCUUCGGGAGAAUGGGGCGAGCCACGAAGGAACGAUACGCCGAAUCGCCCAAGAGUACAGGCGGCAACCAGGCGACCGGCGCCGACGGCAACAAACAGAACAAGGACAGCCACCCCCGCGAGAUCGACUCCACCACCCAUAACGAGAGACAGAGCGAACGCAAUGCCGACCAUAAGAUCGAACGAACAACCACUAAAUAUUGUGGGGGAGUCAUCCCACAACCAAACGAGGUCACAGACAGAGAAUCCAGAAUCUCAAGGCAAAAGGAAAAGAGUGAAACACAAGCAACCGGCGAAGGAAAAUCAUCAGGAGUUGAAUUCAGAUUCGGAAGGCGACCUCUCCGAAUUAUUUCGAUAAAAUUUAACGAUUCCCCAACGAACCCAACUGCACGAAUAGUUUCCCCAGAUCUAAAGACUAAGACGAGUUUAUUAUUAGACUCUGGAUCGGAAAUCAACAUUAUCAAGAAACCUGCUUUACUCGAUUCAGCCAUCAUCGACGAAAAGGAAUCAAUCGAAGUGCGAGGAAUUACGGCAACGAGCCUGGUCUCCCUAGGGCAGACGGUAAUACAGGUUGCGGGCCAUCCGGUUGGU